AUGGCUUCAAGUAGUUCAACAGAAGGGGACAGAAACUAUACCUCCGUGACCAAUUUCAUUCUUGUGGGUCUCACAGAUGAAAAAGAGCUUCAACGUAUCCUCUUUCCAAUCUUCCUAGGGAUUUACCUUGUAACUCUAAUGUGGAACCUGGGUCUGAUCAUCCUCAUCAGGAUGGACUCCCACCUGCACACACCUAUGCACCUUUUUCUCAGUGUCCUGUCAUCUAUAGACAUCUGGUAUACUUCUUCCAUCGGCCCAAGGAUGCUCUCAGACUUCUUUAAAAAAGAAAAAACAAUUCCUUUCAUUGCAUGUGCCACUCAGUUUUUUGUUCUGUCCUGGAUGGGUCUGUCUGAGUGCUGCCUGUUGGCUGCCAUGGCCUAUGACAGAUACGUGGCUAUUGGCCGUCCACUGCAGUACUCACCCAUCAUGGAGCCCGGACUCUGCCGGAAGAUGGUUGCCGCGGCCCUUGAGACUGGUUUUCUUAGUAGUUUAGUCCUAACAGCCCCUUCCUUUAAUCUCUACUACUGUGGGCCAAAUAUCGUUCAACAUUUCUUUUGUGACAUAGCCCAGAUUAUUACCUUGUCUUGUUCCAAUCUCUUUGUUACACAAAUGAUUAUUUUUCUGGUUGCUACUUUCGUUGGGUUUGGCUCUUUGCUCCUUACUCUUUUAUCUUAUGGUUUCAUUGUUACUUCCAUCUUGAAGAUAUCCUCAGUUAAAGGCAGUAUCAAGGCCUUCAAUACCUGCACCUCUCAUCUGGUGGUUGUGACACUCUUCUACGGCACUUCCCUCUCUGUGUACAUGCAUCCUAGUUCUAGUUCUAACCACCCUAAGAAGCAGGAAAAGGUGUUGUCAGUGUUCUAUGUUAUCAUUAUUCCUAUGCUCAACCCUCUUAUUUACAGUUUAAGGAACAAAGACAUCAAAGAAGCUCUCAAAAGAGUGUUGAAGAGGGUGAUACAAUAA